GCCAGAAACGUACAAAGUACAAACACACAGAUAAACACACAGGCAAACAUGCAAACCCACCUUCAAGUACAUUAACAGCACUGAAAACAUAUAAGAACUUCAACACAGUUUGACUCUCCCUAGUAUGCAGGGCGGGAGUGAAUCCCCAGAGGGAGCUGCUUUGCUAGAGGCCGUCAGACGCGGCGACCCAGCUGCAGUACAGGAGUGUCUCCGGCAGGUGGCGCAGCAGCAGGCUGUAGACGGGAAGACCGGCCGUGCGCCUCUGCACGUGGCUGCAGCCGCGGGCCAUGCUGACGUCCUCAGGGUCCUGGUGGAGGCUGACAGUUCCCCCGUCGACCCGCGGGACAGAGAAGGCAACACACCCCUGCUGACUGCAGUGUUUAAGGGCCACGAAGAGUGUGUGAAAGUUCUACUGGACUCCGGGGCUGAUCCAAACAUCUUCAACAGAAAUGAAACUACACCGCUGUGGAGAGCCAUCCAGAAGGACCACUGGAGUAUCUGCCAGCUGCUGAUCGACCGUGGGGCCAGGAUAAGCCGGCUCUAUGAGAACGGCUGGGUCAUGCUGGCGCACAGGCUGGUCACUGCAGGCCCUGUCCAGAAGGGCCACUGGAGUAUCUGCCAGCUGCUGAUCGACCGUGGUGCCAGGAUAGGCCGGCUCUAUGAGAACGGCUGGGUCAUGCUGGCGCACAGGCUGGUCACAGCGGGACAUCAGGAGAGGCUGCCAGCACUCUUCCCCCACGUGGACACGGGUCAGGCCGGGGACAAGCACGGGCUGCUCACAGCCGCACAGUGUGGCAGGCAGCAGGACGUCGAGACUCUCUUGGGACAAGGUGUUGAUGUGAACUGGCAGGCGUCUGACGGCUGCACAGCGCUGCACCUGGCAGCCCAGUACAACCAGCUGGCAUGUCUGCAGGUGCUGCUGCAGGGAGGGGCGGACGCCAACAGGACGACAGGCGGGGAACAGCUGCUGCAGGGUGGGGCGAACGCCAACAGGACGACAGCCGGGGGACAGCUGCAGGGAGGGGCGGACGCCUACAGGACGACAGCCGGGGGUCAGCUGCCCCUGCACCUGGCAACAGAGGCAGGCCAUGACAGGUGUGUUGAGCUCCUCUGUCCUGCCACCAGUAAAGAUGCGGUCAACAAGUGCCCAGAAAGCCCCUUCCACUCAGCUGUGGCCGGCCGCCACGCUGGCUGCAUAAAGCUACUGGCUGAGGCAGGAUUCAACCCAAACACCCUUCCUGUGGAUGGGAGAGGGAAGAGGGGAAACUCUGCCCUACACGGAGCCGUCAUCAGGAAGGACAAAGACUGUAUAGAAGAGCUGCUCAAGUCUGGAGCUGAUCCUAACUUGGACCACCCCAGCGUGCUCUGUGAAGCCAUCAAGCAGAGAGACCUGGAGCUGAUGAGACUGCUGAUCCAACAUGGAGCCGACGUGAACUAUUGGUACACCCCCCACAAGUCAGUGGUGCAGUCCACUCUCCUCUUCAUAUUACAGCAGCCUAACCAGGUGCGAGGUCUGGCUGACCCACAGUUCUCGCGCUGGAGUAGACAGGACAUGCUGAAGCUGCUGUUAGACACGGGGCUGCGGCCGGACGGCUGCUUCAGGUGCGACUGCAACGAAUCAACCGCCAUCAUACCUCAACACAAGCCAGGAAAGAGGAGAAUGUACUUCUGCGAGCACGCGCGCGUGUUACGGGUGAAGAUUGCGCCGGUGGUGCGCCUCCUACUGGAGUACUGCAGGGAGGUGACUCUGUGCACCCGCCUGACCCUGGUGCUGGAGGACAUGUGUGAGUGGGACAGGAUCAUCACCAUGAUAGGGAGGAUGCGGUCGUUGCCCCAUCUCUGUCGACUGUCGGUGAGGAGAGCGGUGGGGUCCAGACGACUGGCGCGGGAGAACUGGGCCGACAGCUUACCCGUCCCGCAGAAGGUCCAGGACUUCAUACAGUUUAAGAGCAGGAUACGGGGAAUCGGCCUGAGUCGGGCGGAGCAGCCCAUGUGAAGGGCCUUUCUUG